CGACUUUACAUUCUUGCUGUUCAUCUCUAACGCGUCACCAUGGCCAAGAAGAUCGCCUUUGUGCAUCCGGAUCUUGGAAUUGGAGGAGCCGAGCGAUUGGUAGUGGAUGCUGCUGUAGGACUCCAGAACAUCGAAGACAAUGAAGUGAUAGUAUUCACAUCUCAUUGCGACAGGAGCCACUGCUUUGAGGAGGUCAGCAACGGCACUUUGGCUGUCAAAGUGUUUGGUGACUUUCUUCCAACCCAUUUGUUCAAGAAGUUCCAUAUUUUGUGUGCCAUACUCAGACAGUUGUACCUCACUUGUCGAUUGAUAGCCACUGGAGAAAUCAGCCAGUACGACUAUUUCAUUGUGGACCAAUUGUCGUUCUGUAUUCCUAUCUUGAAACUUUUCAGUCCGGACUCAACAAAAGUGUUGUUUUACUGCCAUUUUCCAGACCAAUUGUUGGCGAAAAAGGGUGGAUUUCUUAAGAAGUUGUACAGAUUACCGUUUGAUGCCAUAGAAGAAUGGACCACAGGCUACAGCGAUAGAAUUGUAGUAAAUUCCAACUUUACCAAGGGAAUAUUCCACCAAACAUUCACCCAUUUGAACGCAAUGGAUCCAGGGGUAAUAUACCCAUGUGUAGAUACCAAUGUGAAGCCAGACGAUGUAGCUGAUGUGGAAGUGACAAGCUUCUUCAAAGGCAAUAGAUAUUUCUUGUCAAUCAACCGUUUUGAACGGAAGAAGAAUAUCGAAUUGGCCAUAAAGGCAUUUGCCAAGUCGAAGAAGUUGAUCCACGGCAAAAGCAAACCUCGCUUGGUAAUUGCUGGAGGGUAUGAUGUGAGAGUUCUUGAGAAUGUAGAGUACCUCAAUGAGCUCAGCAAGCUUUGUGAUUCUUUGAAAUUGACCAGUUUCACUAUCAGAGGCAAAUUGAUUGUCAUGCCUCCUGCCACUGACAUUUUAUUCUUGCCGUCGAUCAGAUCGUCGUUGAAGACAGCCUUGAUCAAGAAUGCCGAGUUGUUGCUCUACACUCCAGCUUUCGAACAUUUCGGUAUAGUACCUGUAGAGAGUAUGUUGCUAAAAACACCCGUGUUGGCUGUAAACAACGGAGGUCCUUUAGAGUCUGUAGUCAAUUUUGACUUUACCAACACUGAGGAAGCUACAGGUUUCACAGAAGAGCCAAAUCAUGAAAAAUGGGCCAAAAUCAUGAUUAAGUAUUACAACGAUUUGUCACCUGAAACUAAGGCUGUCAUUGGUGAAAAUGGCUACGAGAGAGUAUUAGCCAAAUUUUCAAGAGACCAGACCAGUCAGGCAUUCAUGGACAAUUUGAGGGCCUGUGACUCUGCUCCUAGACUGGGACUCUUAUACAUAGUUGUCAGAUUUUGGCAGAUUGUGCUUCUAGUGAUAAUUGCAGCACUUGCCGUGUUAUACUAUUCAUAAGCUAGCUACUACAUUUGGUUAUCAUUAUAAAUAUUAUUAUUAGUAGUAGAAUGUAUGAAUCUAUUUAC